GACAAUGUGGGGUUGAAUCUAUGGAAUAUUCAGGCGUUUAUCAGAGACACCUUAUUGGGCCCUUUCUCAGUGCCAUCGGUACUGGAGACUGUCCCUGCCUGCUGCAGGCUGAGGCUUCCACUGAACCUCUGUCCACCGCUUCAUGAUUUUCUGCCGUUUCUUGGCAAAAAUGGCAACCAGUGAUGCUGUUCUAAAGAGACUGGAACAGAAGGGUGCAGAGGCGGAUCAAAUCAUUGAAUAUCUUAAGCAGCAAGUUGCUCUUCUUAAGGAGAAAGCAAUUUUGCAGGCAACUUUGAGAGAAGAGAAGAAACUUAGGGUUGAAAAUGCUAAACUGAAGAGAGAAAUUGAAGAACUGAAACAGGAGCUAAUUCAGGCAGAAGUUCAGAAUGGAGUGAAGCAAAUACCAUUCCCAUCUAGUACUCCAUUGCAAGUUAAUUCUGCGGUGUCUGAAAAUGUGAUACAAUCCACACCAAUAACAACCAUGUCUUCUGGUGUGAAAGAACAGAUAGAAGGAGGAGGAGAAGAAAAGAAGGUGAAAGAGAAAAUUGAAAAGAAAGGAGAGAAGAAGGAGAAAAAACAGCUAUCAGUAGCAGGAAGUGCCGACUCUAAGCCAAUAGAUGUUUCCCGUCUGGAUCUUCGAAUUGGUUGCAUCAUAACUGCCAAAAAACAUCCUGAUGCAGAUUCUUUGUAUGUGGAAGAAGUAGAUGUUGGAGAAAUGGCCCCAAGAACAGUUGUUAGUGGCCUGGUGAAUCAUGUUCCUCUUGAAGAGAUGCAGAAUCGGAUGGUGAUUUUACUUUGUAACCUGAAACCUGCAAAGAUGAGAGGAGUACUAUCUCAAGCGAUGGUGAUGUGUGCUAGCUCACCAGAGAAAGUUGAAAUCUUGGCUCCUCCUAGUGGGUCUGUUCCUGGAGACAGAAUUAUAUUUGAUGCUUUCCCAGGAGAGCCUGACAAGGAGCUGAAUCCUAAGAAGAAGAUUUGGGAGCAGAUCCAACCUGAUCUUUAUACUAAUGAUGAAUGUGUGGCUACAUAUAAAGGAGCUCCCUUUGAGGUGAAAGGGAAGGGAGUGUGUAGGGCUCAAACCAUGACCAACAGUGGAAUAAAAUAAAAUUCUCCCAUUAGUGAAAUACAUUGAGAAAACUUUAAUAAUAAUAAAAAGGAAUGUAUUUGUCACUUGUACCCAGAAUAUGACUGGCUCAUUUUUGUGUUAUUUCUUUUCUAGACUUGACUAAUCUUUUACCUUUUGUAUAUUGUUUUCAGUUGAUUGAGGAAACACUGCACUUUUACCUAUGAUUUUUCAUCAUUUAUAAUGGAAGGAAGAAGUAGCCUAUGUUUGUGAUAAUUUAUCUUUUAGUGGGAUAUUGGUUAGCAGGUUAUUUUUUCUUUAUACAUUUAGAUGCAUCUUGAACUAGAUUAAUAUUUAGUUUCAUUUUGGUGGGUACAUGAUGUGUGAAAUUUCAAGCCCUUGGAUUGUUAGUAUAUUGUGUUACCUGUAUUAUAAAUAUCCUAUCUUCUUUAAAAUGACAGGUUGGAAUUUUUGUCAGACUUAUUAACUAGUUAUAUUGUAAUAAUAUUAAAAAUGACAAACUGUUGAUUCUAAAAGCCAAACAUCAUAAAAGAUAGGAGAAAUGGCAUUUGAACAUUUUUGCUUUGCUGCCAAAGUAACCAUAACUUAUAAUAAUACUUAAAGUGACUUUUUAAAAAAUCUUAAAUUUCCAACUAUGUAUAUUGAAC